CUCAUUGCAUUUCGAGCAUUUUGACGGGCGACGAUUUCAACAAGUUCAUCAUGGAGGCAGAUGACAAUAAAUUUUUAAUGAUGAAGGCGGCAUUAAUUAUCGGUAUCGGUGGAGGAUGUCGUCGGGCUGAAUUGGCAAAAAUGUCGGUGAAAGAUGUUGUUGAUCGCGGUGACUACUUGCAUGUUUACAUCGGGGACACAAAAAACUACGAUCCAAGAGAUUUCGCUAUCACAGAAGGCGGUUUGAGAUACAAUUUAUUGGGCAUCGUGCGAAAAUACAUGUUGUUACGAAAGUCACAUACGCCUCAUGAUCGAUUCUUUGUGUGUUACCGGAAUGGGCAGUGUACAACUCAGGCAGUUGGCAUCAAUACCGUUGGGGCGAUACCCAAACGAAUUGCUACGUUUUGCGGUUUGGAUGCACCAGCUUUGUACACAGGACAUUGUUUUCGACGGAGUUCAGCUACAUUGUUGGCUGAUGCUGGUGCGGAUCUUUAUGUCAUUAAACGACAGUUUGGUUGGCGAUCGGGCAAAGUUGCAGCCGGAUAUGUGCAGUCAUCUGCAACAAGCAAACGCAAAAUUUCUGCACAAAUUUUCGGAGGUGUACCUUUUCAACGUUCUUCGUCGAGCAAUGCGAUGAGUGCUAUUCCAUCUACAAGCAACACCGCUAUUCCAUCUACAAGCAACACCGCUAUUCCAUCUACAAGCACCACCGCUAUUCCAUCUGCAAGCAACACCGUUUUUCCAUCUACAAGCACCACCGCUAUUCCAUCUGCAAGCAACACCGUUUUUCCAUCUACAAGUACCACUUCUCAUGACGUUGUCGCUAAUUUGGGUGAUUCAGCUCCCAAAGAAAUUAAUCUCAACAUCACCGGUUUAAGUGACGGUAUUUCUGCUGCGCUCAUCGAAAAUAUUGAUCGAGAGGAUGCACAUGGUGCUAGUUUCGCUUCAAAACAAAUUCGGAUGAUCGGAACUGCAUCCGAUUCCGAUACGACCGGCAAUACCAGCCGUACAAUGUCACAAUCAAUUACAAUAAUUGAGGGCGCAUCUGCUGGUGCAGAUUCUUCGGAUGCUCCUGAAACGCCUGUCCUUCCAAAUUUUACAAAAUCUGAAUUCAACAAUUGUACAUUCAAUUUUUAUCGUACGUUUCACGGCAAGCCUUUUUAAGGAUCAUUUACUUAACUUUCGCCUGUUAAUUUUGUAAUAUUCGAGAUAUUAUAAUGCAAUACUGGAAUUUCAUUAAAUGAAUGAAUAUUGAAACUGACUUGUCGACUACUCUUAUUGCCUUGUUCCAUUGAUCAAUGUUCACAAAAACAGUGCGAGAAAAAAAAUUUCUCGCACACCUGUCGGACGACAAACUCUUUUCUCGCACAUCUGUCGCAUUGUUAAAAAAAGUGGACUCUUAUGCUAUCGACUACUACGCUAGAAAGAGUUGAUUUCCGUCAUUUAGUUGCAA